AUGGCUGACCAGCUGAAGAUGGGAAACCUUUCCCUGAACGAGUCGCAGCACGCCCCCCAGAACGGCGGCUUCACCGAGCGCGCUGCCUACAUCCCCCCUCACCUGCGCAACAGGCCACCGCCCGCCGCUAUGGACGGCGGACACGUGGCUAUGAACGGCGGCCCCCCGCCCAUGAACGGCGGCGGCGGCGGCGGCUGGGGUGGUAACAGAGGCUACGGCGGUCCCCGCGGUGGCAUGGGCGGUCGCGGCAACUGGAGCAACGGCGGCGAGCGCGCUGCAUUCAACGACAGAGGUAGCAACAACAACACUCCUGCUGGAGGGUCCUGGAGCAACCAGCCCUCGGCUUCCUUCGAUCCAACUGCUUACGGCAAACCCACAGGUGGCAACAACGCUGGUGCCGCACGGGGUUCUGGUGAUGGACAGUGGAAGGAUGGCAAGCACAUCCCCGGUCCUAGCAACCCUCGUGUUGAGCGCGAGCUUUUCGGCGUCCCCAACGACCCCUCGAAGCAACACACCGGCAUCAACUUCGAGAAGUACGACGAUAUCCCCGUCGAGGCCUCCGGCCAGGGCGUUCCCGAGCCCGUUUCGACCUUCGAGAACCCGCCUCUCGACGACCACCUCAUCAGCAACAUCAGCCUCGCCAGCUACAAGGUUCCCACGCCCGUUCAGAAGUACUCGAUUCCCAUCGUGAUGGGUGGCCGUGACCUGAUGGCCUGCGCCCAGACCGGUUCCGGAAAGACUGGUGGUUUCCUCUUCCCCAUCCUUUCUCAAGCGUUCAAGACUGGUCCGAGCCCCAUCCCGGCGCAGGCUGGCAACUUUGGCUACGGCCGCAGCCGCAAGGCUUACCCCACCUCGCUCAUCCUCGCUCCCACCCGUGAGCUUGUCUCCCAGAUCUUCGACGAGGCCAGGAAGUUCGCCUACCGUUCGUGGGUCAGGCCGUGCGUCGUUUACGGUGGUGCGGAUAUCGGUUCCCAGCUGCGUCAGAUCGAGCGUGGCUGUGAUCUCCUCGUCGCCACCCCCGGUCGUCUCGUCGACUUGAUGGAGCGUGGCCGCAUCUCGCUCCAGAACAUCAAGUACCUCGUCCUCGACGAGGCCGAUCGCAUGUUGGACAUGGGUUUCGAGCCUCAGAUCCGCAGGAUCGUUGAGGGUGAGGACAUGCCUCCGGUCGACGGUCGCCAGACCCUCAUGUUCUCUGCCACCUUCCCCCGCGAUAUCCAAAUGCUCGCCCGCGACUUCUUGAAGGACUACAUCUUCCUGUCCGUCGGCCGUGUCGGUUCCACUUCCGAGAACAUCACCCAGAAGGUUGAGUACGUCGAAGACGUUGACAAGCGCUCCGUCCUGCUCGACAUUCUCCACACCGUCGGCACCGGUCUGACCCUGAUUUUCGUCGAGACCAAGCGCAUGGCCGACUCGCUCUCCGACUUCCUCAUCAACCAGGGCUUCCCCGCAACUUCCAUCCACGGUGACCGUACCCAGCGCGAGCGUGAAAAGGCUCUGGAGAUGUUCCGCAGCGGCCGCUGCCCGAUCCUCGUUGCUACUGCCGUCGCUGCUCGUGGUCUCGAUAUCCCCAACGUCACCCACGUCGUCAACUACGAUCUCCCCACCGACAUCGAUGACUACGUCCACCGUAUCGGUCGUACUGGCCGUGCCGGUAACACCGGUAUCUCUACUGCCUUCUUCAACCGUGGCAACCGUGGCGUCGUGCGCGACCUGAUCGAGCUCCUUAAGGAGGCUAACCAGGAGGUGCCCUCGUUCCUCGAGAGCAUUGCCAGGGAGGGCUCUGGCUACGGUGGCGGCCGUGGUGGCCGUGGCGGCCGCGGUCGUGGUGCUACUGCUACUCGCGAUGUCCGUCGCUUUGGUGGUGGUAACGCUGGGGGCUGGGGCGGCCCGCCUGCUGCUGCUGGCGGCUUUGGCGGUGGCUACAGUGGUGGCCACGGUGGCUACAGCGGCGGUGGCGGCGGCGGUGGCUACAGCGGUGGUUACAGCGGUGGCUACGGCGGUGGCUACGGCAACCCCUCUGGCCCUGGCGGCCAGUCUUCUUGGUGGUAA